GGGGAAAUUUCAUAGUUGUCAAAAGUUCACUUUUACAGGAGGACCUUAAGUUUUUCGCUUUGUAGUGACACCAUAUUUUUCUCCAGUUUUCUCGUAGGUAACCACCGAAAAUGGCUGAUUCUCGUAGGGUUCAACUCAAGAAAAGAUUCUGUGGCAAAACCGGCAGUGUUUUGUCGAUGCUUUUUAUGACCUCUUCGUUCUUUCUGGUUGAAAUCAUCGUGGGAUAUGCGACGAAUUCAAUGGCGCUUGUGGCCGAUUCGUUUCACAUGUUAUCAGACGUUAUGUCGCUCCUAAUCGGUUUUUUCGCGAUGCGAUACUCGAAGCGCAGUCAACGAACGGAAAGGAAUACAUUUGGUUGGCAAAGAGCUGAAGUUUUAGGAGCUUUGGUGAACUCUGUGUUCUUGAUUGCAUUGUGCUUUUCUAUCCUCGUCGAGUCGCUGAAGCGAUUAGUCGAACCAGAAGUUAUCAACAAUCCCGUUCUCGUACUCAUCGUGGGAGUCGCUGGUUUGUUGAUAAAUGUGGUAGGUUUGAUUCUUUUCCACCAACAUGGACACGGGCAUAGCCAUGGAGGCGGAGGACAUGAACAUAGCCACGGAACUAGUGAUGGAACUGAACUGAAAGAUCUAUUGGUUUCUAAAAAUGGUGAACCUGGAUGAAUGGAACGGAAGUCGAGCAAUUCGUCUGUAGAUGAAAAUCAGUUGAUCAGCGAAACUUCAAAUGGCGUUGUACCAGAAGUUUUCUUGUCUGGUGAAAAUGGGAAGGUCCACACGGUUGUUUCAAAAUCAAACACAUCUCGAGUAGAAGUCAAGUCUAGUGCGCAGCUUAACAUGCGUGGGGUAUAUCUCCAUGUCCUCGGUGAUGCCUUGGGGUCUGUCAUUGUUAUCAUCAGUGCUUUGAUAAUCAAGUAUGCCCCUGGUAAAUGGACAAUUUAUGUGGAUCCUGGCAUGAGUAUCAUUAUGGUUCUACUUAUUUUGAAAACGUCCAUCCCAUUGAUGCGCGAAUCGUCACUGAUCUUGCUUCAAACUGUUCCCACCCACAUUAAGAUCAAAGAGGUUCAAGAUCGACUGUUGGACAAUGUGGAAGGUGUCCUUAGUGUACAUGAAUUUCAUGUUUGGCAGUUGGCUGGGAAUAAGAUCAUUGCAUCAGCCCAUAUCACCUGCCGUUCCCCAGAUGAAUACAUGAACAUUGCGAACAAAAUAAAGAGGUUCUUUCACAAUGAAGGUAUUCACUCCACAACCAUCCAACCAGAAUUUGUUGUGGAAGACAAAACAGACAGCCUGUGUGCCUUGGAGUGUGGGAAAGAUGAAAAUUGUGCUUCACAGAAGUGCUGCCCUGGGGAGAAUGAGACAGAGACACGCAAACGUUCUGUUGGCUUAACGGAUGGCAAGGGUGAGCUUGUAAAUCAUGUGACAAUGGUGUAAAAGUGUUCACAUUUUUGCUGAUGUACAGUAGAAUUGCAUCAUGGAGUAAAUUCUUGCAUCCUGAUUGGUUAACGAAGUGAAAUCUUGCAUACUGAUUGGUUAACAAAGUGAAAUCUUCAUCCUGAUUAGUUAACAAAGUGAAAUCUUGCAUCCUGAUUGGUUAACGAAGCGAGGUAUUUAGUGUGGAAUUAUGAGUUGAAAACAAGGCUGUGAUAUUGUUUCGCAUCUACAUAUACCUAACAACUAUAAUUAAUGCUGUUUUUUUUUUUUCUUAUCCUUUUAUUCAGUUAUGCAAUUCUAGGAAUAUCUAUUAUUUGACUUAUGAAUUCUGUUUUAAAUUGUACUUGAAAACCAAUAUUGCAUUCAUUGCUUCUUGAUUCCAGGAUAUCAGUUUGUGCGUGCAAUUUAAUGCAAAAUUCCCUCGUCAAGUAAUGAAUUUUCCUUUAAUUUUAAACUUAGGACAUUUAUUCAACUCUAUAGGUAUUAAUUCAUUAGACUAUAGUGUGCUACUGUCUGCUCUGGGAAUUUGUUUUUCAAUUAACUUUAUACCCAAUGUGAUGUUCUUACUUCCUUCUCGUGACCUUCUGCUUGAACAAUAUAUUGAUGUAGCAAGGACUUAUUUGAUAUUGGUCACUUCUGAGAUUGAAGGGAUACGGUCUAUUUUGUACUGAAUACAUAAACCGAUCACACCCAAAAUCUUAUGAGAGUUUUUAUCAUUGCUGUACACAGUACAUUGUUUUGUGAUAAGAAUUUGGUUUUGGAUCAACUAAAAAUCACCUAAUUGAUAUUUUUCUUUAUUUUUGUCAUUUCUCUGCUUGAUAUUCUAUUGAUAUUGUACUUGGAGAAAUUCUGUCCUUGUCACUCAUGGGAGUUAGAGGGUUCAUUGAGGAAAUGUGGUAAAUACAUGUAGCUGCUUUGUAGUUCAUCACCUCUAGCUUCUGGCAAAUUUUUAACUAAAUUUGUGUGGGGUAGCUAAAUGUAAUCUGAUUGCACAAUUGGAUCAUUUAGAGGUAAGUUUUCCUGAGAAGGACUGCUGUCAGGUGUAGCAACUAGCAUUUUGACAACCUCAGGGAAAAUUAACAGGGUGAUUUUUUUUCUCUCGACUCAAAUGACUUUAGCUUCUGCUAAGGUUGUUGAAGUGCCAGUGGAACAGUCAAUCCCUGCAAUUGAUUGUCACUCUUGGAUUCACAGGGCUUGGCACUAACUUUUCAACUUACCAGCCAAGUGGCUAGUGACAACAUAAAUGUUAUGACAAUUUCAGUUUGUUUACAAGCCAA